CCCAGCGCAGUGACAGGCAGAGCUAGAGUCUGCGGCCGGCCUUCCCUGUCUGCUUCACAUAGUGGUGGCCACGGAGAGCCAGAACAGAGGGAUGUGGAGGCCGAGGGGGCAAGGCGUGGAGAGGUUGGGGGACGCAGUUCCAGGCAGCCGAGGACCAUACAGGGUGGCAUGUGGGAGGGGGGGCCGGCGCCCGCCUGCUAUUUAGGUUUCGCUUUCCUGAGACGCACAGUUCAGUUUCGCUUUCCCCCGGAGCCUCUGGGCGCGCCCCCUCCAGGCGGCCAGCGGCCAUUCCCCUUGUGUCUCGGCAGGGUCCAGCGGCACUUGCCUGUCCGGGCCAGGACCCUGGCUCAACAUCCGUGACUUCGUGUUUGCUACCGCCACGUCUAUAGCCACCACAACCAAGGAAUCCACAUCUAGGUAACUUGGUGGCUACAAGUUCUCAGCCCACACCAGUGACCCUUAACACCUGUGCCACACUUGACACCUGGUCACACUGCCUGACACCUGUCGUGACACACGUAAUACCUGACUCUCCCUGGACUGUCCUAGUAGAAGGAGCAAUGGCCCUGACUCCUGAGAGAGGGGCUCGAGUGUUAUUUGGAGAGUGGCUUCUGCAUGAGAUCAGUAGUGGCUACUAUGAGGGGCUAAGGUGGCUGGACGAGGCCCACACCCGUUUCCGAGUACCCUGGAAGCACUUUGGACGCAGGGAUCUAAGCGAGGCUGAUGCCCGCAUCUUCAAGGCUUGGGCAGUGGCCCGGGGCAGGUGGCCACCCAGCAGCAGAGGUGACCAGCUGCCCCCUGAGGCUACACAGAGAGCGGGUUGGAAAACCAACUUCCGCUGUGCGCUGCACAGCACGAGACGCUUUAAGUUGCUAGAAGACAACUCCUGGGACCUCCACGACCCUCACAAGGUGUAUGCCCUCAGAUCCACACUGGGCUGGAGAGAAAGCCCAGCCAUCCACCAGAGUGAGGAAGAUGCCCUCCAGAAUGCCUCCCCUACACAGGGUGGGCCCCCAGGGCCACUCCUGCCAAAAGGAGACUCUGAGCUGCAAGACCCAUGUCCACUUACUGCCCCAGCUGGUGACAUGGGGGACCUCUUGCUCCAGGCUGUGCAGGAGAGUUGCCUGGGGGACCAUCUGAAAGCUGUGUGUGGGGCAGACCUGGUCCCCCCACAGGCUCCUGGAGGGGCAGCCCUAAGCAGGGACUGUGUUGGAGGCCCACAGCUCCCUGCUGGGGAGUCACAGGCAGCAUGGGCUGUGGAAGCUGCCCCUCACCUUGGGCCCCAACCCCUGGCUCCAGGUACAGGCCUGGGUGCAGCUCCAGAGCCCCCAUAUCAGGCAGAGCCCCACCCAGCCCCUGGCCCCAGCAUGUGCCCUGUAGCAGGAGAGCCCAGCACAGGGGUGCUGGAGGUGACCGUCAUGUACAAAGGCCGCGCAGUGCUGCAGGAGGUAGUGGUGUGUCCACGCUUUGUGCUCCUGUAUGGCGCCCCAGGCCCAGCUGUCCAGGCUGCAGAGCCCCAGCUCGUGGUGUUCCCCAGUCCGGCGGCACUCCCUGACCAGAAGCAGCUACGCUACACAGAGGAGCUGCUGCGGCAUGUGGCCCCCGGGCUGCAGCUGGAGCUGCGGGGGCUGCGACUCUGGGCCCGGCGCAUGGGCAAGUGCAAGGUGUACUGGGAGGUGGGCAGCCCCCUGGGCUCCGCCAGUCCCUCUAACCCUGCCUGCCUGUUGCCGAGGAACCAUGACACUCCCAUCUUUGACUUCGGCACCUUCUUCCAAGAGCUGGUGGAAUUCCAGGCACGGCGGCGCCGGGGAUCCCCCCACUACACCAUCUAUCUAGGCUUUGGGCAGGACCUGUCUGCUGGGAGGCCCAAAGAGAAGAGCCUGGUUCUGGUGAAGCUGGAACCAUGGCUUUGCCGCACCUACCUGGAGGGUGUGCAACGUGAAGGUGUGUCCUCCCUCGACAGUAGCCUCAGCCUGUGCCUAUCCAGUACCAGCAGCCUCUACGAUGACAUUGAGCGCUUCCUCAUGGAGCUGGAGCAGCCUGCCUAAGCCGGCCCCCAACAUCCCAUCUAAUAAAGAGAACCCCACAACCAGUA